AUGGGCUCACCGCUCUUAGUUUCGCUGUCAAAUCUUUCCCCAACCUUGUCCUCCCUUGGGGCUUUGCUCGAGGUUGCUGAUCUGGUCAUUCCACUGAGAGAGCUGGCUCAUACGGAUUCAAAUGUUGCGUAUAAUUUGUGGGUGUUGGUCUUCCCCAUUGUCUGGGUGAGUUUACACAAGGACGAACAAGUAGCACUUGCUAAGCCAAUGAUAACUCUCUUAUCAAAAGAUUAUCACAAGAAGCAGCAGGCACACCGGCCAAAUGUUGUGCAGGCUCUUUUGGAAGGACUUCAGUCAAGCCUCCCUCAGCCUCGAAUGCCUAGUGAACUCAUCAAAUACAUUGGAAAGACUUACAAUGCAUGGCACAUCGCAUUAGCUCUGCUGGAAAGCCAUGUAAUGUUGUCCUUGAAUGACUCAAAGUGCUCUGAGUCUUUGGCUGAGCUUUAUCGUUUGCUCAAUGAAGAAGAUAUGAGGUGUGGAUUGUGGAAGAAACGGUCAAUUACUGCAGAAACAAGGGCUGGGCUUUCACUUGUUCAGCAUGGUUACUGGCAGCGGGCUCAAAGCCUCUUUUACCAAGCCAUGGUUAAGGCAACCCAGGGCACAUACAACAACACAGUACCAAAGGCUGAGAUGUGUCUCUGGGAGGAGCAGUGGCUCUAUUGUGCUAGUCAACUAAGUCAGUGGGAUGUUUUAGUAGACUUUGGAAAACUUGUUGAGAAUUAUGAAAUAUUGCUUGAUAGUCUUUGGAAACAGCCAGAUUGGGCAUAUCUGAAAGAUCAGGUAAUUCCAAAGGCCCAAGUAGAAGAGACUCCAAAACUUCGUAUAAUCCAAGCCUAUUUUGCUCUUCAUGAAAAGAAUACAAAUGGCGUGGUGGAUGCUGAAAACAUGGUGGGAAAAGGUGUUGAUCUUGCUUUGGAACAGUGGUGGCAAUUGCCUGAAAUGUCUGUUCAUGCCAGAAUUCCUCUUUUGCAGCAGUUCCAACAGCUAGUUGAAGUUCAAGAAUCGGCCAGAAUCAUAGUGGAUAUUGCCAAUGGAAGCAAACUUUCUGGAAGUUCCGUUGGCGGUGUAAAUGGUGUGUAUGCCGAUCUCAAGGACAUCCUCGAGACCUGGAGACUAAGAACUCCAAAUGAAUGGGACAAUUCAUCUGUUUGGUAUGAUUUGCUCCAAUGGAGGAAUGAAAUGUAUAAUGCAGUCAUUGAUGCUUUUAAGGAUUUUGGCACCACAAAUUCACAACUUCAUCACCUCGGUUACCGUGACAAAGCAUGGAAUGUCAAUAAGCUUGCCCACAUUGCUCGGAAGCAGUGCCUGUAUGAUGUUUGUGUGUCUGUGCUGGAGAAGAUGUAUGGGCACUCAACGAUGGAAGUGCAGGAGGCCUUUGUUAAAAUAAGAGAACAAGCAAAGGCUUAUCUAGAAAUGAAGGGAGAACUUACCAGUGGUCUUAGCCUGAUCAACAGUACCAAUCUGGAAUAUUUUCCUGUUAAACAUAAAGCAGAGAUUUUUCGUAUUAAGGGUGAUUUCUUGAUGAAGCUAAAUGAUUGCGAAGGUGCCAAUCUUGCAUAUUCAAAUGCCAUAAGCCUCUUCAAAAACUUGCCUAAAGGAUGGAUUAGCUGGGGAAACUAUUGUGACAUGGCUUACUCAGAAACCAAUGAAGAGAUUUGGUUAAUAAAUUCUGUGAGCUGCUUUCUUCAAGGUAUCAAAUUUGGAAUUUCGAAUGCGAGAAGCCACCUAGCUCGUGUUCUAUAUCUUCUAAGCUUUGAUACUCCCAAUGAACCAGUGGGGAGAGCUUUUGAUAAGUACUUGGACCAGAUACCACAUUGGGUUUGGCUUUCUUGGAUUCCCCAGCUCUUGCUUUCCUUGCAGAGAGCUGAAGCUCCUCAUUGCAAACUUGUUCUUCUUAAAAUUGCCAAUGUGUACCCACAGGCAUUGUACUACUGGCUGCGCACAUAUUUGCUCGAACGUCGUGAUGUUGCAAAUAAGUCUGAAUUUGGAAGAUUGGCAAUGGCUCAGCAAAGAAUGCAGCAGAAUGUCUCUGGUGCUGGUGCUGGUGCUCCUGGCUCUAUUGGCUUGGCUGAUGGGAAUACAAGAGUGGCUNCUCAGCAAAGAAUGCAGCAGAAUGUCUCUGGUGCUGGUGCUCCUGGCUCUAUUGGCUUGGCUGAUGGGAAUACAAGAGUGGCUGGUCAGGGUGGGGUUUCUUUAGCUGACAAUCAAGUUCAUCAAGGAGGUCAACCUGGUGGUGGUGUAGGAUCUCACGAUGGUGCAAACUCUCAGGUGCAAGAACCUGAAAGGUCCACUUCUGUGGAAGGCACCAUGCAGACUGACCAACCUUUACAACAGGGUUCAUCAAAUAUUAAUGAUGGUGGUCAGAAUGCAUUAAGGCGUAAUGGUGCUUUGGGUUUGGUUGCUUCUGCUGCUAGUGCUUUUGAUGCUGCCAAGGAUAUAAUGGAAGCCCUUAGAAGCAAACACACUAAUCUGGCCAGCGAACUUGAGAUUCUGCUUACAGAAAUUGGCUCAAGAUUUGUCACCCUGCCAGAGGAGAGACUACUGGCCGUGGUUAAUGCUUUGCUUCACCGCUGUUAUAAGUACCCAACAGCAACUACAGCAGAGGUUCCACAGUCUCUCAAGAAGGAGCUCUCUGGUGUUUGCAAGGCCUGCUUUUCAGCAGAUGCUGUGAACAAGCAUGUUGAAUUUGUGAGGGAAUACAAGCUGGAUUUUGAACGCGAUCUUGAUCCAGAAAGCACCACCACAUUUCCAGCUACUCUUUCCGAGCUGACUGAACGAUUGAAGCACUGGAAAAAUGUUCUCCAAAGCAAUGUUGAGGACCGAUUUCCUGCUAUUUUGAAGCUGGAAGAUGAAAGCAGGGUGUUGCGUGACUUCCAUGUCGUUGAUGUCGAAGUUCCAGGACAGUAUUUUACUGAUCAGGAAGUUGCACCUGAUCAUACGAUAAAACUAGAUAGGAUUGGAGCUGAUAUUCCGAUUGUGAGAAGACAUGGAAGCAGUUUCCGGCGCUUGACUCUAAUUGGCUCAGAUGGCUCCCAGCGCUAUUUUAUUGUCCAGACAUCUUUGACUCCCAACGCUAGAAGUGAUGAACGCAUAUUACAGCUUUUCCGCGUCAUGAACCGAAUGUUUGAUAAACACAAGGAAUCCAGACGUCGCCACAUAUGCAUUCACACUCCAAUCAUCAUCCCUGUGUGGUCACAGGUCCGCAUGGUGGAAGAUGAUUUGAUGUACAGCACCUUCCUUGAGGUAUAUGAGAACCAUUGUGCAAGGAAUGACCGAGAGGCAGACUUACCUAUUACCUAUUUUAAGGAGCAACUGAACCAAGCUAUUUCUGGCCAGAUAUCACAAGAAGCUGUAAUGGAUCUCCGUCUCCAAGCUUAUAAUGACAUUACGAAAAAUGUUGUGACCGACAUAUUCUCGCAGUACAUGUACAAGACUCUGCUGAGUGGAAAUCGUAUGUGGGCUUUCAAAAAGCAAUUUGCCAUCCAGUUGGCCCUCUCAAGUUUCAUGUCAUAUAUGCUUCAGAUUGGGGGGAGGUCUCCAAACAAGAUAUUAUUUGCUAAGAACACUGGGAAAAUAUUCCAGACAGAUUUCCAUCCUGCAUAUGAUGCUAAUGGAAUGAUCGAGUUUAAUGAACCGGUGCCUUUCCGCUUGACAAGGAAUUUACAGGCAUUCUUCUCCCAUUUCGGUGUGGAAGGCCUUAUUGUGUCGGCCAUGUGUGCGGCAUCACAGGCUGUGGUCUCACCUAAACAAAGUCAGCAUUUAUGGCAUCAUCUAGCUAUGUUUUUCCGCGAUGAGCUAUUAUCUUGGUCUUGGAGAAGACCCCUUGGCAUGCCUCUGGCCCCUAUUAGUUUGAACCCUGUUGACUUCAAAAAGAAGGUCACCACAAAUGUCGACCAUGUUAUUGCUCGGAUCAAGGGAAUAGCCCCACAGUACAUCUCUGAAGAGUACAUGUACAAGACUCUGCUGAGUGGAAAUCGUAUGUGGGCUUUCAAAAAGCAAUUUGCCAUCCAGUUGGCCCUCUCAAGUUUCAUGUCAUAUAUGCUUCAGAUUGGGGGGAGGUCUCCAAACAAGAUAUUAUUUGCUAAGAACACUGGGAAAAUAUUCCAGACAGAUUUCCAUCCUGCAUAUGAUGCUAAUGGAAUGAUUGAGUUUAAUGAACCGGUGCCUUUCCGCUUGACAAGGAAUUUACAGGCAUUCUUCUCCCAUUUCGGUGUGGAAGGCCUUAUUGUGUCGGCCAUGUGUGCGGCAUCACAGGCUGUGGUCUCACCUAAACAAAGUCAGCAUUUAUGGCAUCAUCUAGCUAUGUUUUUCCGCGAUGAGCUAUUAUCUUGGUCUUGGAGAAGACCCCUUGGCAUGCCUCUGGCCCCUAUUAGUUUGAACCCUGUUGACUUCAAAAAGAAGGUCACCACAAAUGUCGACCAUGUUAUUGCUCGGAUCAAGGGAAUAGCCCCACAGUACAUCUCUGAAGAGGAGGAGAAUGCUGUGGACCCGCCUCAGUCUGUGCAGAGGGGUGUGACCGAGUUAGUUGAAGCCGCACUGACUCCCAGAAACUUGUGCAUGAUGGAUCCAACAUGGCAUCCCUGGUUUUAG